CAUUGUUGUCGUGGAGGGCGUGGAGUCAUGGCAAACUCAAACUCUAGGACAGCAUGGCUCUACUACUUGUUCUUGGACGGCACUUCUACCUUCGAUGCUUGGCUCAAUGCCUCUUCGUUCCAGAUUUCCCAGGUUCUUCUCACAUUCCCCUACUCUUUCGCGCAAUUGGGACUCGUCUCGGGGAUUUUAUACCAGCUACUUUAUGCUGCCAUGGGCUGCUGGUCGUGUUACAUGACAACCAGUCUCUACAUAAUUUACAAGGAGCGACGAGCGAAGCAAAAAAACCCCAUGGAUUGCCACGAAUAUCGGAGCAUCCAGUGGUACGAGGUGAUGGACGGACUCUUGGGAUGGCGGUGGAAAAUAGCGGGCUUAGUCUUCAACACCGGUGAUCAGUUUCUCACCUGCGUUAUCUUCCUUGUAGGAUGUUCAAGUCUCACACAUUCACUCAACCAUCAUCUCAACAAAAGAACUUGGACGCUUGUCCUCACAGGCUGCUUUUUAACAAUGGUUUUGAUACCACGGGCGCAGCACUACAGAAUUUGGUCCUCCAUCGGGAUUGUGGCGACCACCUACACUGCUUGGUACUUGACAAUCGCUAGCAUACUCCUCGGUCCAGAACCCGAUGUCAAGCACACGGCUCCACCCAGCACAGUACAGUACUUUGUUGGAGCGACCAACAUGCUCUACGCAUUCGGGGGACACGCGAUUACCAUUGAGAUAGCCGACGCGAUGCGAGAGCCAAAGAACUUUAAGGUGGUCUACUUCUACUGCAUUCUCUACAUCCUAACUCUCACGCUGCCAUCGGCCAUCGCAAUGUACUGGGCCUUUGGAGACACGAUGCUCCACAACACUUACGCACUCGCGGUUCUUCCACGCUCCAAGUUUCACGUUGCAGCAAACGUUUUGAUGCUCUUCCACCAGUUCAUGCAGUUCGGCUUCAUGGCGCUCCCCAUUUUUAUGAAGUGGGAGAAGCUGCUGGGAAUCCACAGGUCCAAAAACUACUGGCUCAAGGCGGUGUCCCGGAUUCCAGUGGUACUGCUCGUCUGGUUCUUCGCGAUCAUGACACCCUUCACGGGGCUCAUCGACUCCAUUGUUGGAUCGAUCUUCACGAGCUUCAGCGUCUACAUUAUCCCGUGCUUGGCUCAUAUGGUCCUCCACAAAACAUUCACCGCGAGGAAGGACGCGAUCGAGCAGCCUCCAUUUUUUAUGCCGAGCUGGGUCGGAAUUUACUGCCUCAAUCUCGCUGUUGUGUUAUGGGUUUUGAUCGCGGGUGUGGGACUUGGAGGAUGGUCCGCGAUCUCCACUCUUCUCGAGAACAUCCGUAGCUUUGGUCCCUUUCCCAAAUGCUUCCAAUGCCAAGCAAAGUAGAGGCUUGACACUGCUUUUGAGCGCGAAACAGAUUUAAAUUUUAAAUUUGUUUGCUCGGGCA